AUGGAGUUAAACACGCUUGUGUGUACAGUAUGGAUGGAAGUCAUUGGAUCAGCUGGUGAUGUACAGAAGCGCACGCAGCAUAAAAACAUGACUCUCACUCUUGGCAGGAAUGAGUUUAGAGAUGUUGUACUGAAAAUUGACUUUGCCAAAAGAGACAUGAAAUUUGCUUUGAAAGAAUUAACAAUUCACAAAAAGUUUGUAAAAGAUGGAAAAGCAACCAUCAAAAUUCCUGACAGGAAUAUUCAAUUUUUGUUAUCAAAUUGUCCUCCAGAUAAACUCAUCAUGUUUCUAAAGACCAUGCACACUAAACUUGAAUGUCACAAACAAAAACCUCCAGUUCAUGAUCGGAAGCGUUUGUUGUCAGAUUUACCAAGAACCUUUGAGGACAUAAGCCCUCUUACUCUGAAAGAUCUUCAGACAGUUCACGAAAUGAGAGCCAAAAAGCUUGAAAAUAAACUGGAUGUGUUCACACCAAAGGGUAAAGGGAAACGAAAGAGAGAAAAUGAGGAGAAAGAAAACGUUCCACCUCAGGGUGUUAAAAUGGCUCGCAAGCUCAUGUCUAGCUGUAGUCCUUUUAAACCUGUGUUGAACCCAGUGAAGCUGAACAAGGGACAAACUUCUGUACUGGAUGCUGUUGUCAGUAGGAAAAAUGUUUUCUUUACAGGUAGUGCAGGCACAGGCAAAUCCUUCCUAUUGCGGAGAAUUAUUGGUGCCUUGCCACCCCAACAUACUUAUGCAACAGCAAGCACAGGAGUAGCCGCCUGUCACAUAGGGGGGAUAACUCUACAUUCUUUUGCUGGUAUAGGUUCAGGUCGAGCAGAUCUUCAGCAGUGUGUAGAGCUGGCUUCACGACCACUUGUUAUACAGCAGUGGAAGAAAUGUCAUCAUCUCAUCAUUGAUGAAAUCUCCAUGGUGGAUGGUGACUUCUUUGAUAAAUUGGAAACAGUAGCAAGAGUAGUUAAACAGAAUGAUCUCCCCUUUGGAGGAAUCCAGCUGAUUCUUUGUGGGGAUUUCCUACAGUUACCACCAGUAACCAAAGGCACUGAUAAAAGGAAAUUUUGCUUCCAGGCAAAGUCUUGGCCAAAAUGUGUCCAGUUGAACAUGGAGCUGACAGAGGUGAAACGACAAUCAGAUAGCAACUUCAUCAACGUCUUACAGAACGUCAGACUCGGCAGAUGUCCUGACUUUGUUGAAACAACACUUCGAGCAACAUCCAAACAUAAUAUUCAGAAAAAUGGUAUCUUAGCAACGCGACUUUGUACACACAAAGAGGAUGUGGAUGAGAUCAACAAGUACCAGAUGGGAAAGCUCAAUGCUACACCUAAAGUAUUCAUAUCAACAGACAAUGAUACUGCCUACUCUAAACAAAUAGAUGGCCUUUGUCCUGUCCCACACAAACUGGAGCUUAAAGUGGGUGCACAGGUAAUGCUGGCUAAGAACCUAGAAGUACAUCGAGGUCUAGUCAAUGGAGCCAGAGGAUUGGUCACUGGAUUUGAGAAGGGAAGCGAAGGUUUACCAAUCGUGAAAUUUCUGUCUGGAGUAGAAGAGGUCAUCAAACCAGCAAGGUGGACAUUUAAAGCUGCAGGGGCUGUAUACCUAACAAGGAAACAGAUCCCUCUCAAACUGGCCUGGGCAAUCUCCAUACACAAGAGUCAGGGAAUGACACUGGAUUGUGUGGAGAUCACAGUAUCCAAAGUGUUUGAAUCUGGCCAGGCCUAUGUAGCUUUGUCACGUGCCAAGAGUUUGGAAGGAUUGCGGGUAUUAGACUUUGACAGAGGGUGUGUGCGUGCUAACCCAGAUGUACUGAAGUUCUAUCACAAACUGGACUUGACUCGAAGAAUGUUGCAAACAAACAUGGAGGAAUACUCUUGA